GAAGUCUCCGGGGCCGAGGCCUUCUAGAGACUUUUUUUUUUUUGUAACGCGUUCAAUUUCUGUUUGGAUGCGUGGAUUUCGGUGCCCGUUUUUUUUACCGGGUGUGAACCGAUGAAGCACUUUAUUCUGUGAUCGACGCGGAAACGGUCGGAAACGUUAAACCAGCUAGUUGGAUCUACUGCUAACUGCCAGCGAGGAAGUGAGGGACGAAAAAAUGACAUCUCGGAGGUGGUUUCACCCCAACAUCACAGGUGUGGAGGCUGAAAACCUCCUGCUGACGCGUGGAGUGGAUGGGAGCUUUUUAGCCCGACCCAGCAAGAGUAAUCCAGGAGACUUCACCCUCUCAGUACGGCGAAAUGGAGCCGUCACCCACAUUAAGAUCCAGAACACAGGAGACUACUACGACCUUUAUGGCGGGGAGAAGUUUGCCACUCUGGCGGAGCUGGUGCAGUAUUACAUGGAGCAUCACGGCCAGCUGAAAGAGAAGAACGGAGACGUUAUCGAGCUCAAGUAUCCACUCAACUGUGCCGACCCCACCUCAGAGAGAUGGUUCCAUGGACACUUGUCGGGCCGGGAGGCGGAGAAGCUGCUGACAGAGAAAGGAAAGAACGGCAGCUUCCUGGUGAGAGAGAGCCAGAGCCACCCGGGAGACUUUGUCCUGUCUGUGAGGACGGGAGAUGACAAAACAGACAGCAGUGACAGCAAACCCAAAGUCACUCAUGUCAUGAUCCGCUGCCAGCAUGACCUGAAGUACGACGUGGGCGGAGGGGAGAAGUUCGACUCCCUCACUGACUUGGUAGAGCACUACAAGAAGAACCCCAUGGUGGAAACUCUGGGCACCGUGCUUCAGCUUAAACAGCCUCUGAACACUACUCGUAUUAACGCUGCAGAGAUCGAAAGUCGAGUUCGAGAGCUCAGCAAACUAGCAGAGGCCACAGACAAGGUCAAACAGGGCUUCUGGGAAGAAUUUGAGACCUUGCAGCAACAAGAGUGCAAGCUGCUCUACAGCCGUAAAGAGGGCCAGAGAGCAGAGAACAAAAACAAGAACAGAUACAAGAACAUUCUGCCUUUCGACCACACACGUGUGGUUCUGAAUGACAGGGACCCAAAUGAGCCGGGCUCCGACUACAUCAACGCCAAUAUCAUCAUGGUAGUAUCUGCCGUCAUGCCGGAGCUGGACCCAAAGUGCAACAGUACAAAGGUGAAGAAGAGCUACAUCGCCACUCAGGGCUGUCUGCAGAACACCAUCAGUGACUUCUGGAGGAUGGUGUUUCAAGAAAACUCACGGGUCAUCGUCAUGACCACCAAAGAGGUGGAGAGAGGAAAGAGUAAAUGUGUGAAGUACUGGCCGGACAUGUCGGCUCUGAAGGAGUACGGAGCGAUGCGCGUUCGCAACGUCCGAGAGACGGCGGCACACGACUACAUCUUAAGAGAACUGAAGUUGUCUAAAGUGGGACAGGGCAACACAGAACGGACAGUUUGGCAGUACCACUUCAGGGCCUGGCCCGACCACGGCGUCCCCACCGACCCGGGCGGCGUCCUCGACUUCUUGGAGGAGGUGAACCUGAAGCAGGAGAGCAUCCUGGAUGCUGGACCCAUAGCCGUACACUGCAGUGCGGGGAUCGGUCGGACAGGAACGUUUAUAGUGAUCGACAUCCUGAUAGAUGUGAUCAGAGAAAAAGGAGUGGACUGCGACAUCGACGUGCCGAAGACGAUCCAGAUGGUUCGUUCUCAGCGCUCUGGGAUGGUGCAGACUGAGGCGCAGUACCGGUUCAUCUACAUGGCCGUGCAGCAUUACAUAGAGACGCUGCAGAGACGCAUAGAGGAGGAACAGAAAAGUAAGAUUAAAGGACGCGAGUACACAAACAUUAAGUACUCUUUGUCCGACCUGACUGGAGGAGAGCAGAGCCCGCUGCCUCCCUGCACUCCAAUUCCUACUCCCACCUGCACAGAGAUGAGGGAGGACAGCUCCAGAGUGUAUGAGAACGUGGGCCUGAUGCAGCAGCAGAAGAGCUACAGAUGAGAUUCACCUUUGACCCCAGUGCUCUAUCAGUUCCGGGAUCUUGAUAUCUGACAGUUUUUUCGCCAGCCACACCUUGACGCCUGAGACUUGACCAUAAUGACAUGGAACAAUGGAAAAACACACACACACACACACACAACACACACACUAACACACAUGAAAACCCCCACAAAAACAUGAGACCGCCCCAGACACCAGGGUCCUGUUCCUGUUCUCAUCUUACAUGAACAUUUCGCCCUCUAGUUGAAUUCUAAACCACUGUGAUGAUCAUCAGAAGAGCCUUUGAGAAGCCUAACAUGUUAAAUCCUGCUACUAAAACACAGUUUGGGUUUAAAUCUCAACCCCAGCAAGGGCUGCAAACAGAGAGCACUAGCUAACUUCUGCUCAUUUCUCAUUUUUCUAUGUUUUUUUUAAAAAUUAUUAACCAAAGGACGGUUAUGUUUGCAGACAGUUUUUCUGGGAAAAAAAAAGGCCUGUGCCAAAAUAAUUUUAUCCACAUUUCUCAGCCAAUUUUAAAGUCUCUUUGUCUAUUCUGGCUUUAACGCGGCAGGAGACCUUAUUUGUGGCAGAAUUUCCAGUGAUUAUCGUCUAGUUUUCACUGUUUAUAUUGAAUGAAGAACUAUUGGCAUUGUAGUGUUACACUAUAUUUACUGUUGAUUUGUAAUCCUCUAAACAUGAAUUCCUUUUUUUUUUUUUUUUUUUUGCGCCAGAACUGCCUCGAAGAAAAUUUCAGGCUUUUUCAGAGAGUGAAUUUUUUUGUCGUCCACGUGGGUUUCAUAUGUUGUUUUUGUUUUUUGUUUUUUUUUGGAUACACAUUGUUUGUUUGUUAGUUAACCAUUCCUGAGCUCAAGCCGAAAGCCCUUAUUGCUGCACUUUUAUUUCGCAGCAUUAAUAGUUACAGUCAAGCCUUGAUUCACCUGCUGGAUUUAUAAAUAAUCCAGUCUGGUGGUUUAGAGAGUUUUUUUUUUUUUUUUUUUUUUUUCAUGCCUGCACUUCUAUGUCCAAGUCCGUGUGACGACAUAUUAAGAUUUCAGGGGAGUCUGUUGUGUAUCUCAGUUGCAGGCAUCGCCACAGACGCACGGCUGCCAAAAAAACUUUGUUUUUUAAGUUUUUUUUUAAAGUGCAUUACUUUACUUUUCAUUCGUUAUAUUUUUUUGUUUUUUUUUCUUUGAGACAAAUGCCUUUUUGUGUAAUACCAUUGCCUAUUUUGAGCACCACAUGUACUUAAUUUUUAAGAGUCACUGUUUUACGAAGCAAUCACUCAUUAACUCUCAGCUUCAGCACUAUAGAUAGAUACAUAGUCACUGUUGUGGUGAUAGAUUGUCAGCCCUCUGAUAGUUUAAACACACACACACACACACACACACACACACACACACACACUUUCUGUUAAUGCUUAACAAACUGAAACAUUUUAGGAAUAUCUCGACAUUUGACAGAAUGAGCUCAUUCACUGAUUGGAAGUUCAAUACCACUCAUGUCUGUAAGAUAAAUAUGAAUCAGCAGCUGUUUAGCUUAGCUUAGCUUAGCUUAGCAUAGCAUAGCAUAAAGGCUGGAAACAGGAGGAAGCAGUGAGCCUUUUUUUUAUUCUUCCAACCCACUUUAAAUGACACCACGGCCAAUUCUGUUUGACGAAAGCCUCCUCACAUAAAAUGACCGCUACAACAGGAAAUCCAUCAAAUUUCAACACGUGUUAAGGUUAUCGUGAUGCAGAAUUGGGCGUGGUGUUAGCUAGUAGGUUAGAAAAACUUUCAUAGCUGAGAAAAUCCACCCUGCAGCACCUCUUAAGCUCUAGACAGAAAUGUAAAAAUUAAAUCAAUCACAAUCUCCCCUUCAGACUGAGCCAUGCUAGCAGUUUCCCCCUGCUUGCUGUCUUUAUGCUAAGCUAAGCUAAGCUAAUCUCCUGCUUCCAUCAGUGGUAUAAAACUUUUUCUUCUAAUAAAGUGAAUGUCGCAUCAUGUCAAACUAUUCCUUUAUCCUCACAAUCAGCUGCAGUAUUUAGGGAAUCCUGAUUUUUUUUGGAUUAUUCCGUGAGAAUCCAGGACGCUCAUUUCAAACACGUGGCCUACGUAUUUUCUUUUUUUUUUUUUCGUCAAGCCUUCCCAUCACGACGCCUUGAGAAGCUGCAGUCUUGCAAUUGAACUCUCUGCUGACUCAGAAACUCUCCAACGAUAGAGAGAGAGAGAAUUAAAAAAGGAAAGAAGCGGCUCUCCUCUUUGCCUUGAGGGACAGUUCUCAACAACCACUGAUCCAGGAUUGAACAGCUUCUUCUUUUUUCUGUAACAUUUUGGGGAAAAAUAAUCAUGAAAUCAGUGUUUUUUCGGGGGCUGCUUCCUCCCACCGGAGGACUCUGCUAACGCCCGGCUGCUGCUUCACAGCAAGUGUUCUUUGAAAUGAUUCCUGUCCUCCCGGGUGAACGCCAUCCACUGACUGAGAUCUCCUGUAGUGUGGUGUACUGUAUGCAGUUUUAUCGUCAACAAGCCCAGGAGUUUGUUCUUGUCUCAUGUUUUUGUGGAGUGCUUGAUUUGUGAUGUUUUGUGUCCUGUGGCGUGGCCGAGGCCAGUGUGUGUGCCGUGAGAGUGCCGCUGCCUGCACUGUUAAAAAAAAAAAAGUUAUUUUUCAGAAAUUUACUGUAUUGUUAAUGGGCUUUUAUUGUUUAUUCUAUAAGUGCAAAUGCCAAAAACUGUCAAAAAAAUUACUAUUACUUUCCUUUUUUUUUUAACAGUAUUAUUCAAUUAAUGGCUUAAUGGUCUUGAAUGUUAAAUUACAGUAAAUUCUAUGCAAAAAUACAAAAAUUGCAAUCAUACUGCUGAAUGUAAAAUUAAGGCAAUUUUUUUCUUUCUAAACUUCACAUUUAAUGUUUUUUUUUUUUUUUUGAAAAAACUGUAAAAAGUCUGGCAGCAAAAGAUGCUUACUAUCAUAUUAAUUAUAAAAAACAAAUUAGUUCAACAGAUAUAUAUAUUAUAUUUAUUAUAUAUAAACAGAUAUGUCCUUAAAAAUGUGGAUACUAUACAGUUAAUAUCUGUAUUUAAAUCUUUAAAUUUCAUGUAAAAAAAAAAAAAAUCGUAAAAAGUCUGGCAGCAAAAGUCGCCGAACACUUGCUGUCAUAUUAAUGUAAAAAACUUUAUUUUACAUAUAUAAAUAUUUUAUAAAUACAGAUCAUUUCUUUACAAAUACGUUAUGGUAAUAUAAUAUAUGUGGUAGUAUAAUAUACAGUAAAUAUCUGUAUUUUGCAAAUAUAUCUGUAGAAUUAAUUUUUUUUUACAUUAAAUUUAAAGUUUUACUGUAAAGUAAAGUUGCCUUCAUUAUACAUUCAGCAAUAUUGUGUAUUUUUACAUAGAAUUCACUGACCAUUAAGAAAUUGAUAAUACAAUAAAAAAAUAUAUAAUGUCCAAUUAUAUCUAAUUAAAGUAAUUUACUUUGUUAAUGGAAUUUGCACCUAAUGUAGAAAAAACUGUAAAAUAAUCCAGUAUAUUUCUGUAAAAUAACUUUAUUUCUUCACAGUGCAUCAGCCACAUGUUCUUGGAUACUUCUUUUGUUAUUUUUUAUUUCUUUCCAGAUGAUAAAACUGCUUUUCCAUUAAUCAUGUAAGCAAUUUUAGAUGCAUAGACGUGCCUUCUAUGCAUAUGCCUCUGUGUAUGUGAUAGCUAUUAAAAUAAAAACAAAACAGUGCUCUUUAGUUCCACCGCCAUUCAAGAACCUGUAACACUUAAAUGUGAAUUCUUUCAUCCUGAACAAGAAGAAAAAAAGAAAAAAAAGGUGAUCGCAAUGCAAACAAACUAUAUUUUUUAACAUGUAUAUUGUACAUGAGUACCUGGUAGAGGAGAAUGUACUUACUAAAACAUAUCUACUUGCCAAUAAGAUAUACUGUCUGUAUAUUCCUACAGCUUUCUCUCUGUGACACAGGGAGGACCUCUCACAAAGCUUCAGAGGUUUAUUGUAUGACUUUCAAUGCAGUUAACCAUGUUAACUUCCUCAAUAACAAUAAACGGCAGCCUCAUGCCUCAUUAA